CAGAGGCAGUUCUUAUCUCUCCAUCCCAUCUGACAAUCCACUCCAGCUCUCUUAUUUACCCCUGAGAAGGAUGGCAAAACUCGCUGUGUGCGUCUCUGCGCUGCUGCUGCUGCUCGUAGUGCUCAGUGAAACCAGUCCCCCGGCACCUUGCUGCACAAGAAAUUAUAAAAAACCAAUAAAAAUAGAGAAUCUGAAAAACUUCACAAUUCAAACCGACACAGACAUGUGCAACAUCAAUUCAAUAAUUUUCUUCACUCAGAAAAACAAACUUAUCUGUGCCGAUCCUGAGAUGCCUUGGGUCAUCAGGGCCAUGGAUCAUCUGAAAAAACAGCACUGAGCAGGAUCUGCAGAAGUUCUUCUGAGGAUUUCAGCUUUAGCAUAUUACUAUAACUAAUAAGAGUAUUUUUUUUUAAACUAAUUAAAUAUUUGUUUUUUUUGUACUCAUUUAUAUUCAAUAAAUCUAAUAUUUUGCCAAAUGUUUCUGCCUAUUGAUGUCCUGUUUUUUUAGGCACAGUAUAUCUUUGUAGACAACUUUAAUAUUGAAGCAAAUUCAAUAUGUGGACCACUUCCUUCAGGUUCCUAGGAAACACUAUUUCUUGAAACCUGAGAUGGUCCUCGCACACAGACAAUAUUUGGAAGAAGGCCCAGCAGAGACUGUACUUCCUGAGCCAACUCAAGAAGUACAACCUUCUUGUACAACCACCAACCAGGAGCUUGUGGUCAUCUUCUACACUGCCAUCAUACAGUCUGUCUUGUCUUCGUCCAUCUCAGUGUGGAUUGGCUCAUCCACAAAACAGGACAGGUCUAGACUGCAAUGAACAAUCAGGUCUGCAGAGAAAAUCAUUAGGGCUGACUUUCCCUCUAUUUAGGCCUAUAAAGGUCUUGGGUCAGGAAAGCUAAAAUCUCUGCAGACCCCACACAUCCUGCACACAAACUGUUUACAUUGUUACCUUCAGGUCGGCGCUAUGGAACACUUUCUGCUAA